AUGACUUUCUCUGAACAUUACGAAGGCGAAUUCGGCUCUCGUGCCGUCCAUGUUGGUUUGAACCCUGAUCCCACCACUGGUGCAGUGAUCCCUGCCAUCUCUCUCUCUACUACCUUUGCUCAGUCCGCUGCUGGUGUUCACAAGGGUUAUGACUACUCUCGUUCCGGUAACCCAAGCAGAGCCAACUUUGAAAAUGUCAUUGCUUCCCUUGAAGGUGCUCAAUAUGGUGUCGCUUUCUCUUCCGGUUCAGCUGUUACCGCUUCUCUUCUUGGUACAUUGGAAGCUGGUUCCCAUGUUGUGUCUGUGAAUGACGUCUAUGGUGGUACCUACCGCUACUUCACCAAGGUGGCUGUUAACCACGGUGUCCAAGUCGACUUUGUUGAUUUGGCUGAUCCCCAAAACCUCAAGAGUGCUCUUAAGCCUAACACUCGCAUUGUUUGGGUUGAAUCUCCCACCAACCCUACUUUGCGUCUUGUUGACAUCAAGGCUGUUGCUGAAAUUGCUCAUGCUCACGGUGCCUUGCUUGUUGUUGACAACACUUUCUUGUCUCCUUACUUCCAAAACCCCAUGUCCUUGGGUGCCGAUAUUGUUGUCCAUUCCGUCACCAAGUAUCUUAACGGCCACGGUGAUGUUGUGAUGGGUAUUGCUGUCACCAACAGCAAGGAGGUCUAUGACAAGCUUAUCUUCAUUCAAAACUCCAUGGGUGCUGUCCCAUCUGCUUUUGACUGCUACCUCGCUCGUCGUGGUGUUAUGACUUUGGAGUUGCGUAUGCAGCGUCACGAACAAAACGCUAUCACCCUUGCUCAACACCUUGAGAAGCACCCCAAGAUCACUGAAGUUAUCUACCCUGGUCUUACUUCUCAUCCUCAACAUGAGCUUGCCAAGACCCAACAAAAGGGCUUUGGUGGUAUGAUCUCCUUCCGUGUCCAGGGUAACUUGGAUAAUGUCAACAAGCUCCUUGGCCGUCUUCGCAUGAUCACCCUUGCUGAGUCUCUUGGUGGUGUUGAAUCUCUUAUUGAGGUCCCUGCUGUCAUGACUCACGCUAGCUUGAGCCCUGAGGAUCGUGCUGCUCUUGGUAUCACCGAUACUCUUCUUCGUAUGUCGGUUGGUAUUGAAUCCGCUCAAGACCUUAUCAAGGAUCUCGACCAAGCCUUGGAGGGUGCUUACUAA